AUGCCUUCCAUAGGCCCCCAGCUUCCCCCGCACCUCUCUAAACGGAAGCGCACCCCCCAAGACGAAGACGACGGCGACAGCGACAGCGACGAUGCGCUCACCCCUUCUCUCCCGCCCCCGCCGUCGAGCAAGCUCCCCCGGCGCGAGGGCGCACCGCCCAUCGCCAACGAGGACGAGGCACCCGCGCCAGCGCCCGCCAGACCCGCCAUGGGCCCUUCUCUCCCGGCCCCCGCCGCCAACGACGACGCAAUCGACCUGUCCGACUCCGAACCCGUCACGAAGGGGCCAGCACCCCAACCGCAGCCACCGCCGCAAAAACAACAACAACAACAACAACAACAACAACAAUCAUCUGCUGCCUCCGCCGACUCCGACUCCGACUCCGACUCCGACUCCUACGGCCCCUCCCUCCCCUCCGUCUCCGCCCAAUGCGCCCCCGUCAUCGGCCCCUCUCUCCCAACCACACACGAUGCCGCUCCCAAGCGCGACUCGUGGAUGCUGGCCCCCCCUCCCGCCGGCGGCGGCUACAGCGAGCGCGACCCGACCCGCAUCCGCGCCCGCAAGUUCGCCUCCAAGCCCUCGGGCGCCGCCCCCGCCCCCAACGCUCCCUCUGUCUGGACCGAGACCCCCGAGGAGAAGCUCCGCCGCCUCCAGAACGCCGUCCUCGGCCGCUCCGACCCCGAGGCCGAUGUCGCCGCCAACAACAAGUCGUCCGGCGCCAAGUCGGAGCGCGACGUGGAGCGCGACCGCAAGAUUGCUGCCAGCAUCGAGGCCCAGCGCGGCUCCAGUCUCUACGACGAGCACAGUCAGAAGCGCAGGAACGGCGGUGUGCAAAAGGGCGACGAGGACGACGAUCCCAGCCAGAGGCCCUUUGACAGAGACAAGGACUUGGCUCUGGGCGGCAAGAUUGGCACGGCAAAAAGGAGGGAACUGGUCACAAGGGCGGCCAAUUUCGGGGGCAGGUUUCAAAAGGGCUCGUACUUGUAA